CUAGUGACACCCCACGAACGAACAAUCGGAUGUGUCUCCUUUAUCCAUUAUUUUCCCCUGUUUUCUAGACUGUUUGUCUAGAUCUCCCUUGUGGUAUCCUAUUUUUUUCGGAUACUUGCCCUGUUUCGAAAGGGAUUAAGCGAACCUGACCUGAACCUGAAUAUCUGCCUUGCUGCCGGUUGUUCGCGUUUUGAACUGAACGUUUUGAACAUGUUAGUAAUAACUGCUGAUAUUGCUUUUUGUUUGAGGACGACUUUAUAUCAAUGGAGACUAAACGGCUCAAAGCAAGUUGAGAGAAUUUCGCCUUUGAUACCCAUCAGAGCCUUCGCAUCCCACGCAGCUGAUCAUCAGAUGAAUGUGUUCGACAGAAAAGCUAAAGCAAGGCACCGGCAUUUAGUGGCUACGGAUCCCGACAGCGCUGUUUAUGAUUAUCUAAAGGAGGAGGUCGGUAGUCGUCUUGCCGAUCGAGUUUACGAUAUUAAACGGAAGUUCCCCGUCGCCGUUGAACUUGGUUGCGGACGGGGAUAUGUAACGCAGCAUCUAGCAAGUGAUGCAAUUGAGUCGUUGUAUCAGUGUGACAUGUCUGCAGCAUUCCUGACUCACAGCAAGACACCAAGGGAUGUGCCCACAACAAAACUUGUUGUUGAUGAGGAGUUUCUGCCCUUUUUAGAAAAUUCCAUCGAUAUUUUCCUCAGCAGUCUGAGCCUGCACUGGGUAAACAAUUUGCCUGGAACAUUUCGGCAAGUGUACAGCAGCUUGAAACCUGAUGGUGUGUUCUUGGGCUCCGUAUUUGGAGGGGAUACAUUGUAUGAGUUACGAGGAUCUCUCCAAUUGGCAGAAAUUGAACGCGAAGGUGGCUUUGCACCUCACAUAUCUCCAUUCAUGCAAGCUACCGAUCUAGCGGGUCUGCUCCAGCAAGUGGGAUUCACCAUGCUCACUAUUGACUCUGAUGAAAUUGUGGUGAACUAUCCAUCAGCAUUUCAUCUCAUGUAUGACCUCAAAGGCAUGGCUGAAAACAACGCUACUUGGAAGAGAAAAUCUCAUCUCCAUAGAGAUUCUCUUAUUGCUGCAUCUGCAAUUUAUCAGCAGCUGUAUGGAAAGGAAAAGGGUAUUCCUGCUACGUUCCAUGUUUUGUCAUUCAUUGGAUGGAAACCAGACCCUUCACAGCCUAAACCUGCAAAACGAGGGUCACAGACAGCGUCUUUCAAGGAUCUUGGGUCGCUCUCUGACCCGAGAAAGAGGAGGUAGCAGCACAUGCGUCAGUGGAGAAACUCUUGCUGACGCCAGUGUUAAAGCGUAGAAUUAAAUUAUAUUGUUCACAAUGUACUGAAAAGGUAAUAAUGUAACCAUGCAUGGUACUUGGUACCUGUA